UGUGUUGCUGCUGUUCUGCUCUGCGUCCUCGCUACAAACGCCUGGUGGACAACAUAUUCCCUGAAGAUCCAAAAGAUGGCCUUGUUAAAGCGGACAUGGAGAAAUUGACAUUUUAUGCGGUAUCUGCCCCAGAGAAACUGGAUCGAAUUGGUUCUUACUUAGCAGAGAGGUUGAGCAGGGAUGUUGUCAGACAUCGUUCUGGGUAUGUUUUAAUUGCUAUGGAGGCGUUGGACCAGCUUCUUAUGGCUUGCCAUUCUCAGAGCAUCAAGCCAUUUGUAGAAAGCUUUCUUCAUAUGGUAGCAAAGCUGCUAGAAUCAGGGGAACCAAAGCUUCAAGUUCUUGGAACAAAUUCUUGCAUUUGGAAAAUCAAGAAAACAUGGAAGAGUAAACAAGACACCUGUAAUUCCAAUAUCCGGAAAAUCCGAAUUGCUGGAAUCAGGGGUAUUCAAGGAGUGGUUCGCAAAACAGUUAAUGAUGAACUUCGGGCUACCAUUUGGGAACCCCAGCAUAUGGAUAAAAUUGUUCCAUCCCUGUUGUUUAACAUGCAAAAGAUAGAAGAGGUUGACAGUCGCACAGGUCCUCCUCCUUCCCCUUCUGCCGCUGACAAAGAAGAGAAUCCCGCUGUGCUGGCCGAAAACUGUUUCAGAGAACUGCUGGGUCGAGCGACUUUUGGGAACAUGAAUAAUGCUGUCAGACCAGUUUUUGCGUGUUUGUUUACAGGACCCACAGUGCUGGAAGUCUUUAAUACUCUCCUAAAGCAUCUGCGUCUCAGUGUUGAAUUUGAAGCAAAUGACUUACAGGGGGGAUCUGUAGGCAGUACUAACUUAAACUCAAGUUCCAAAGACAAUGAUGAGAAGAUUGUGCAGAAUGCUAUCAUCCAAACAAUAGUCUUUGUAAACAUUUAUAUAGAUACCAGUGGAACGGAAGAACAGGAAAAGGAAAAGAGGCGUCUUGUGAUAGAGAAAUUCCAGAAAGCACCUUUUGAAGAAAUAGCAGCACAGUGUGAAUCCAAAGCAAAUUUGCUUCAUGAUAGACUUGCUCAAAUACUGGAACUCACCAUACGCCCUCCUCCCAGUCCAUCAGGAACACUGACCAUUACUUCUGGGCAUGCCCAGUACCAGUCCAUCCCAGUCUACGAGAUGAAGUUUCCAGAUCUGUGUGUGUACUGAGUGGCUCAUGAAGACCUCAGCGUAGGAUCUAAAGCCGAAAAAUGAAGGCCACGCUGAGUUUUUCAGGGUUUACUUAAUGUGUAUUAACAUAAUGCUUGAGAAUAACAGUGAGACUUCUCUUCAACCAAACGCUUGGCACACACCACAUUAGAAAUGGUGGAGCCAUCCAUGAUUUAGAAUACUUUAGAAGAUGGAUUUCUUUUGCAGUUCCUGUUGGCUUUUGAAGUUGGACAUGUAUCGAUCUCCCAUUCCACAGUUAAGCAGUAUAUUUUAAACUUUUCACAAACAUGUAAUUUUAAAACAUAUGCCUCCAGAGGGUUGAAGAUGUAUGAAGUGUCUACUGUAUUUCUUAAACAUCUGCACAACUGCUUAGAAAUAGAAUUGCUUUUGUGUUUGUUUAUCUGCAAAAGCAAAUACAUACAAAUAUGUUGCUAAUCUUGGGGCUGCAAAACUGUUCUGUGGCUUGUUGUCCCCACGUUUUAGAUGUUGUGAUCUCUAACAACAUGUGAUAGGCAUUCCUCAACUUGUUUAUGGUAAUAAGACAUCUGUUGAGUAAUAGUCCCACAAUAUGACCAACCCUAAAAUCGCCAUACUUAAAAGUGUCUAGUUCUUGUAAUACUGUGUUUUCUGCCAAGAGUUUGACCAUUCUACUUGAGAGAAGCUUAGAGCUUACUCUUGGCAUACCAAACUGUGCAAUAUUUUUUUACAUCAUAAGAUGUAUUCGUUUACAGACUAUACUUUGAAAUUAUAGUAGUAUUUUGCUGUGGCUCCAUUAAUGAAAUCAGAUCUAUAUUUAGUGUAGGAAAAAAAGACUUUUAAAACAGCUACUAGUUCACCUGUGAAGAGUGUGUACAUUUUGAGUUCUAUCAAAAGCACAUUACUUACAUUUUUAUAUUAUGCAUUGUUUAAAAUCUUCAUAGUCAGAAAAUUCUCCAAAUGGACUUUUAAUUUGUAAGAUUUGAACUGUUCAGUUGUAUACAUUUGUUGAGGAUUUGGUGUAUUACAUUUGAAAAGAGUGCCUAUGGCUUUAGCAAUCAAGCGUGCUAAGGAUCGUCAUUGUGAGCUUCUGUUGAUUUAAGUUACCAAGGUUACAUGUGUACUCUACACAUGUGCUCAGAGACCUGUAGUGUUUUCUUAAAAUUAUGUACAUUUUAGUGAAUUCCAUCACACAGCAAAAAUGAAUGACUUUCUUUGCAAGUCUUAUAAAAUUCUCGUAGGACAUUUUUAUAGAAUAACCUCUUUAUAAUUGUAUUGCCUUUUCAGAUUCAGUUUCUUUUUACAAAGAACAAUAUACAUAUCAAAAAUUGUAGCUCAAAAACUAAUUCAGUUUUUUUUUUAAAGAUUUUCAUUGAAUUUUAUGACCACAGCAACAAUCAAAACUGCACUAGAAACAAAUUCUUAGCAAUAACACUAAUUCAGUUUUUAUCUUUUGUUUUUGUUUGAAAACCUACAGUGAGAAUGGCAGGUUUGAGUUUAUGAUUAUUAUGAUUAUUAGGCACCUGUACAAGAAACAGAAAGGUCAGGAAGUAACAAAAGAACAAGCAUACCCCAGAUUUUUUUAAUAAAUGAAGUACAGCAUCUUGAAACAUCUUGCAAAAUAGCCUAGUCAUUUAAACCCAUAAAAUGAUACUCAGCCCUCCUGGGCAGUGUGUUAAAUGUAGGUAAGCAAGACCUUGUUUCAGAAUGAUAGUGCAGGCGUUGAACGGCCUUCUUGUAGCUGUCACUGUAACUUUGCCUCUUGAGUGGGUAAAAUGUGUCAUCAUAUAAUAGGCCAAGUUUUCUGUUUUUUAUUUCCCUUUUUUUCUUCUUCUGUAUUUUUAAAGAAGUGUAUUAAUUUUUGUGCAUUUAACAAAAUCUCAGCAGGGGGACAUGCAAAAAAACAAUCAUCAUCCACUUGGAUGUCAUUUUAUAGAUUAACACUGUGUGCUUUUGUAUGAAAAAUAUAUAUAAUUGAAUAGUGUAAGUAAAGGAGAUCUAUAUUCAGUUGGACUCAUGCAAACAAACUUUACAGAAUUUCAUGUUUCUCUGUGGUACAAGAAAUGCAUGUAUUGCAUGUAAAGGAAAACCAUUUGAAUUAAUGUUGAUCACACCUUUCUUUUGGUCUGUUUGUAAACUGUUGAUGUGGGGUUUGCAGGGUUUUUUUCUUGUUGUUGUUUUUAAAUCACAGUAGACUUCUAUAUGUCCUAGAUGACUGAACUGGUUGUGUUAAUAAUGAUUCCCAAAAAGUGGGUCUUUUCUUUGGUUUGUCCUUUCCAGGAGAUUGCAGGACAUCCUGCCAGGUAAUGGGUGUGUGUUCCGUAUUCUAGCCAGUUUGGAGACAAAGUUUAGGAUUUGUUGAAGUUCACCACAUGGCUAUAUUUUUGUAGAUAUUUAAAACUCUUAAUAAACUGUUAAUCAUUCUCUUUUUGCUGCAUACACUUGCUUUGUUUUUUUCCUUUACACUGAAUCGCUAACAUAUAAACAUUCCUUAUAUUUGUGUUGACUUUGUGCUUAUAAAGAGUUCGACUGUCAUUGGAAUUCACCUGAAUACACACACACAUGCCCGUGCACACAACACAAACACCCCUUAAUGCUUCUGAACUCAUUAUCUUUUAGAAUAAUACCACACUUCACCAGCAAUUAACAUUUCUCUUCCUCCUAUCUGAACAUGGAACUCAUUUGUCUUAUUCAUGCCAGUAUAUGUAAUAAAUGUAACAAGGUGAUUUUUUUUGAAAUGUAAAAAUUCACUUUGCAAUUCACAUAUAAGCAAUAAAACAAAAUCAGAUUA